AUGUUCCCUUACAGUUCCAACCUCUACCCUUCCUUCCCUUCAUCAUCUUCUUCAUUCCAUCCUUUUCCUUUCCUCAACCUUGAUAAUGCUUCUGCAAGCAACACCCUUCUUCAUGAUCCACUUUCUGUGCCUUACUUACCAACGCAUCACAACCCUCAAAGCAUCCAAGAAGCACUGAGCAAUUUACCAGUCACGGAUCAUAACUGUGGUGGUGGAGGUUCUGCAAUGACCAAACCUGACCCAAGUGGUGGUGGUGGUGCUACUCACUAUGGCCUUUCUUGUUUCCUCACAAAGAAGCCAGCUAAGAAAGACAGGCACAGCAAGAUUUACACCUCUCAGGGUUUGAGGGACCGGAGGGUGAGGUUGUCCAUUGAGAUUGCUCGCAAGUUCUUUGAUCUUCAAGACAUGCUAGGGUUCGACAAAGCCAGCAACACCCUUGAGUGGCUCUUCAACAAGUCCAAGAGAGCAAUUAAGGAGUUGGCGAGGAGCAAGAACAGCAACAACAGUGAAGAAGGAGCCAGGAGCUUCUCUUCUUCAUCCGAGUGUGAUGAUGACUGUGAAGUGGUUUCUGAGAUCAAGCAGAAGCAACAACUCAUCACUGGUGAUGCUGCUACUCCACGCAACCUACAACAAGGGUUAGAUUCAAGUGAUAACAAGUCACCGACAUUGCUGGCUGCAAGGGAGAGGAUGAAGUUGAAAAGGACACAGAAGGAACCUGCAAAAUUGAAGGAGUCAAGGGAGAAAGCAAGAGCAAGAGCAAGGGAAAGGACUAGUAACAAGAUUAUGUGCAAUGUUAACCCCAACACAGGGAGGGUGCAACAAGACUUGAAGAAAAAGUGCCCUGCAAUUGAAAAUAACCACUCUCAACUCAUGCAUCAAUCAAGGUCACCCACUCACCCUCACCACCUUGUGGAAGCACCUAGAGAUGACUUCAACGUUAUUGAGGAAUCCAUUGUGAUCAAGAGAAAAUUGAAGCCAUCGUUGAUGUCCUCUUCUCAUCACCAUCACCAAAACCUUGUGAUCCCGAAGGAACCACCAUGUUUCAACAACAACAACAACAGUGAGUACCACCCCUUCUCCAAUUUAUCUCCAAAUUGGGAUGCUAAUGGAUCCACUGGCCGCUCCAACUUCUGUGCCAUAGCUAGCAUGAAUCUAUCCACAGGGCUUCAAAUCUUUGGAAAGUCUUGGGAGGAGUGCACCAAUCCACGUUUACACUAG